GUACCAAAUAUUGAUUUUUCAUCAUACCCCACCAAAAAUUACUGCUAAAGGUGAACAGCUUAUUUCUUAAAUAAAAAGACUAAAAGACAGAACACCGAAGAAAAAUCAAAUCAAGGAUAUUGUAUCCGGUAUCCGGCAGCAGUAUUAGCAUAGCUUCCACCAUAGGUCUCGCGGAGACAGCCGUCCUGGACAUAAUGGCUGCGAGUCUGCAACAGCAGCGCUCCAUCAACCUGCAGCUGCGCCGGGAGGUGGAGAUGGAGCGGAUGCCCGUCUCAGAGGCAUGCUCCCUGAUGAUGAAGUACAUGCUGGAUCACGAGGAGGAGGACUGCCUGCUCAACGGAUUCACCCAGAAGGUUAAUCCGUUCCGUGAAAAGAACUCCUGCAGCAUUCUGUAGGUCCGGAAAAAAACGGACUCGUUCCUAACAGUAUUAUCCUAUAACUUAUACUCAAUUACGGCAGAUAUCUCUACCGUGCAUGUCAUGUAACCUAUUUGCUGUUCGUUGUAAGUGUGCUGACCUCAAUUACGUCUAUAAACUGAGUAUAUACAAUAGAAUCGGGCGAUUCGAGAAUUUAUGAAUGUGUAAACAAAAAAAGGGAACCGUCUUGAACUUAAACGCCUGCAUAUGUGUGUAUAAAUAUCGUGUAUUUUGCUAAUCCUGUAGCUCUUUAUUGGAGAACUUAGCAAACACCUUCUCAUAGUAAAUGUUUUCUAAUGAAAUAAUCCUGAAAUAAAGCCAUGUAGCCAAAGAUUUUCAUGUGAA